AUUAACCGGAGGAGCCGAAAACGAUGUCCUACCUCCAGGUUUUGUGUUUGAUAAGAUCCGAGAGGAGAACCUGGAUAUUAUUUUUGGGCAAUUGGAGCUUUAUUUGAAGCUACUAGGAAUUGAUAUUAGCGACGCGCUGUUUGCAAAAAUCUCUUAUGACAUUUAUCAGGAAAUUUCAAAUUUUGCCAAUUUGGGGCGCCAUGAGAUGUACAAAGAGACUAUGAUCCGGUGGGCCCGAAGUCGCAUCAGUCGCUUAACGUUGACGGGCACAAGCUUUAGUCGUAUUCUCCAACCUGACAAUCGG